GGUCGUCGAAUUCCCUUUGGACGGAUGAUCUUCGCCUACGCCGCCUGGUUAAGCGCCGAUAAAAAACCUAUAUUAAUCUUACGCCGAAAAAGGUGCGGUGGGGAAGCCAUUGGAGCCUGCUCUUCUUCUUCUUCUUCGCGAGCUCGGCGUCGGAAAGAGUGUCAACCCUACUUCGUCCGCGAGGAGACUAAAACCGCUAAGUUUAGCAUCAAUGGCUGGCCAGUCCGAUCCCCAGCUCUCCUUACUCUCUGCUCCAGAGGUGGAGUUUUUGGCUGAGGAUGAAAUGGUGGAGAUUGUUCCCAACAUCAAAAUGGAGUCUUUGAACAUGAUCUGUGGAGAUUUUGGCCCUUUCUUUCCGCAAAUUGCUUGCAAAGUACCACUUUGGCUAGCAGCAGCUCUGAAGAAGCGUGGGAAGUGCACCAUCCGCACACCAGAGUGGAUGUCGGUCGAUAAACUGACACAAGUACUCGAAACAGAAAGAGAGACACCUAGGGAAUUUCAACCAUUGCCUUUUCACUACAUUGAAAUUUCAAAGCUUUUGUUUGACCAUGCUCAUGAUGAUGUUCAAGAUACAUACAUGGUGAGAUCUUUAAUUGAAGAUAUUAGAGAUGUGAGGUUUCAUAAGGUAGAAUCUGGCUUAGAGAAUAUAUCUGGUCGUACACAUGCGGUGAAGCUAAAAAAUCUCUCUGCAAUGGAAGUAAAUAUUGUGAGGCCGUUCAUGAUGAGGACUUUACAAGCUUUCUAUAAGCACGAUAAUCCUCAAAUCAUCCAGCAACACAAUAUCUCGGGAAGGAAACAGCCACAAGUGUUAACUCGCAGCACACGAAAUCUGCGGCCGAGAUAGCAACUGACUCGCCACAAUCUGAUGAUUUCAUUCGCUCUCCAUGCGACGUGUAUGUUUAGUUUGCUUCGAGUUCUCUUGGGCCAUGAAGUUUACCCUUCAUUUGGUUACAUGUUGCUAGUUUCUUGUUUGCACUCGUCAAUUCUAUCAUCUUUUCCUUUGCUUUUGUACCAGACUUAGUCGAAACUAAUUGAUAGAUAAACCUCUAAUUCUGUU